CGCCGCCGCCGCCGCCCGCGCCACGUCCAGGGAGCGGCCGAAGGCCGGGGCUGGGGUCGGGGCCGGGCCAGGGGCGGCGGAGCUUCUGGCGCUGAGAUUCCGGGGCGUUUUGCAUGAAGAUGGCGGCUCCCGUGGCCAGCAAGGCAGGCUCGGGCUCGGGCUCGGGCUCCGGCUCGGGCUCGGGCGGCCACAAGCCCGCCUUCCCGGAGCUGGAUUUCCGCUCGGGGGCCCGCAUCGAGGAGCUCAACAAACUCAUCCAGGAAUUCACCCGGCACGACCAGCGGGAGUACGACGACCAGAGGGCCCUGGAGAUCCACACGGCCAAGGACUUCAUCUUCUCCAUGCUAGGAAUGGUGCAGAAGCUGGACCAGAAGCUUCCCGUGGCCAACGAGUACCUGCUGCUGUCCGGCGGCGUGCGGGAAGGCGUGGUGGAUCUGGACCUGGACGAGCUGAACGUCUACGCCCGGGGCACGGACUACGACAUGGACUUCACGCUGCUGGUGCCGGCCCUCAAGCUGCACGACCGCAACCAGCCGGUGACGCUGGACAUGCGGCACUCGGCUCUCUGCCACUCGUGGCUCAGCCUGCGGCUCUUCGACGAGGGCACCAUCAGCAAGUGGAAGGACUGCUGCACCAUCGUGGACCACAUCAACGGGGCCACCAACUACUUCUUCUCGCCCACCAAGGUGGCCGACUGGUUCUAUGACUCCAUCAGCAUCGUGCUCUCGGAGAUCCAGAAGAAGCCCCAGCGGGGGAUGCCCAAGGUGGAGAAGGUGGAGAAGAACGGCACCAUCCUGUCCAUCAUCCUGGGCGUGGGCAGCAGCCGCAUGCUCUACGACAUCGUCCCGGUGGUCUCCUUCAAAGGCUGGCCCGCCGUGGCCCAGAGCUGGCUCAUGGAGAACCACUUCUGGGACGGCAAGAUCACCGAGGAGGAGGUCAUCAGCGGCUUCUACCUGGUGCCCGCCUGCUCCCACAAGGGCAAGAAGGACAACGAGUGGAGGCUGUCCUUCGCCCGCAGCGAGGUGCAGCUCAAGAAGUGCAUCUCCAGCAGCCUGAUGCAGGCCUACCAGGCCUGCAAAGCCAUCAUCAUCAAGCUGCUGUCGCGCCCCAAAGCCAUCAGCCCCUACCACCUGCGCAGCAUGAUGCUCUGGGCCUGCGACCGGCUCCCCGCCAGCUACCUGGCGCAGGAGGACUACGCGGCGCACUUCCUGCUGGGGCUCAUCGACGACCUGCAGCACUGCCUGGUGAACAAGAUGUGCCCCAACUACUUCAUCCCCCAGUGCAACAUGCUGGAGCACCUGUGCGAGGAGACCGUCAUGCUGCACGCGCGGAAGCUCUCCUCCGUGCGCUCCGACCCCGCCGAGCACCUGCGCACGGCCAUCGAGCACGUCAAGGCGGCCAACCGGCUGACCCUGGAGCUGCAGCGGCGCGGCAGCGCGGCCGGCAUCCCCUCCCCGCAGUCCGACGGCGGGGACCCCGGCCAGCCCGACGACCGCCUGGCCAAGAAGCUGCAGCAGCUGGUGACCGAGAACCCCGGCAAGUCCAUCUCCGUCUUCAUCAACCCCGACGACGUCACCAGGCCCCACUUCAGGAUCGACGACAAGUUCUUCUGAGCCUUCGCGGAGCCUUUUCUGGUUCCGACCCUGAGAUUGCCGCGGAGUGGGGGUGGGGCGGGGCGCGCGGAUUGUUUUUCCGUGUCCG